UUAGUCAAUCGCUUUGGAGCGACGGAGGUGUUUUAUUAGCAUAAAAAAUGCCUAAUCAUUUUAUUAUUUCCAUUGUGCUUUCUGCAUUUAUUUAUAGUCUUCAAGCAUCAGCUGAUGAUGUACAGUAUGCUGAAAAACCUUUCUUGUUGAAACAAAAGUUUCUCUUCGAAAUUGUGCGGCACAUUUAUCAACCGAUGGAAAUUGAAGAAUACCUGCCAUAUGCCAAGAGCUGGGUCACAGAUGAGUCGAAAUACAAAGACUACGGCGUAGCUACUCGUUUUUAUCAGUUGUACAAAAAUGGUUUUCUGCAAAAAGGACAAACGUUCACCAUAUUCAACUAUUGGAAUCUUCAGCAAACGCGUGCGCUGUUCCAAUUUUUCUACAGUUCAGCCGAUUGGGUUACCUACCAGAAGAAUGUAAUUUGGGCGCGUGAGAACACCAAUGAGGGAAUGUUUCUAUGCGCACUCAUGCUCUCCGUGAUACACCGGAAGGAUCUACAGGGGUUGGAACUACCGGUUAUCUACGAAAUGGAUCCAUAUUUGUUCUUCAAUGCUGAUUUAAUUCAUGAUGCCACGGUACGUAUUGUACUUGAACCGGAAUAUGGAUUUUACGAGGGCAAUGUUAGAAAUGCAGCACUUAACAACUUCACCACAAAAAUGCGUAAUCACAGGGAAGAUGCGUUAGAUUAUUACACCGAAGAUAUAGGCAUGAACGCUUAUUAUUACUAUUUCAUGCUAGAAUAUCCAGCAUUUCUUGGAGGCGAUGAAAUGGGUUUGAACAAGGAUCGUCGCGGGGAACUUUUCUUGUACAUGCAUCAGCAAUUGCUCGCUCGCUACUAUCUGGAACGUCAAUCAAACUCACUAGGACCUAUUGAAGAGUUGAAUUGGAGAUUUCCUUUGAAAACGGGGUACCAGUCAUUGCUAAGGUACUGGAAUGGCGUUUCUGUUCGAUCAAGAGAGAAUAAUUUCAAUCUGGAUAGGAGGCAUGCAACCAACUUACAACAUGUACUAAAUUAUGAGCAACGCAUAAGGGACACGAUUGAUAAGGGAUAUUACGUGCUGGCGAAUGGCUCCAGAGUUGAUCUGCGCACAAGUGAGGCUAUCGAUGUGAUAGGUAAUAUGAUCGAUGGAAAUGGGGACAGUAUUGAUCCUGACUACUUCAAGGCGUUUGACGAGUACGUUCGGGUGAUUUUUUCUCAAAGUGAUUAUGAUCAACCAGCCGAAAGUGUGUGGCCGGGAGUUACAAUGCACUAUGAAAGUUCGAUGCGAGAUCCAAUUUUCUACGAAUACUUGGAAAGAAAUCUCGAGUUGAACUGGCGCUACAAGCACUAUCUGCCAGCAUACACUUACGAUGAGUUGAACUUUGCGGGUGUUGUAAUUGAAGAUGUAACGAUUGAUAAGUUGGUUACUUAUUUCGAAUAUUUUAACGCUGAUAUCAGUAAUGGCCUGCCAUUCAGGUAUGACAGAUCUAAGGAACAGUCCACUUGGAAUUUCACCGUGUUUGGCAGGCAAAAACGUCUUAAUCACAAACCGUUCAACUAUACCUUGACGGUUCAAUCCGCAAUCGUUGGUAAAGGUGUGAUCCGCAUGUACAUGGGCCCCAAAUUCAACAGUCUCAGGCAGCUGCAGUUAUUGAAAAAAUACUAUGUAGAAACAGAUCAAUACGUAGUGGAUUUGGUAAACGGUAUAAACAUCAUCCAGCGAAGAACGAAGGAUUUCGUUUUCAAUAACCGUGACCGCACGACGUACACCGUACAGUAUAAACGUGUUUUACGCGCACUGAGUGGCGAGGAACCGUUCGAGUUUAAUAUGUCGGACGCACAUUGUGGCUGGCCUGAUAGACUGCUACUUCCUAGAGGUCUUUCCGCUGGAUUUGAUAUCACAUUCUUCUUCGUGAUAUCGCCAUAUCAAGCACCUAAGGUGCAGCAACUUUCUACCUUUGAACAUCCUAUCAGCUGUGGUGUUGGUACAGGAUCCAGGUAUAUUGAUGAUUUUCCGUUUGGAUUUCCCUUCGAUCGAACCUUGGACGUUGGGUUCUUCAAAGCGAAAAAUAUGAUUUUUGAAAAUGUAACUAUUUAUCACAUCGAUGGUACCAGGUUGAACCUGAACUGACAGUUGUCAGUGGCUGCGAUGGAGGCUUUUGUUUUAUUAGUGUUGGAGACGACUGUAUUUGUCGGACUGCCCUCCCUCCCACGAAGCUGAGCUCCCGAAGGAAAGUUUCUGUCACUACGACGAUGCUGGUAGGCGCGUAUAUGACAGGAGAAGAACAAUGGUCAUUGUUCAUUUUUGGCUACCGUUUUAUCCAGUCGUCGAGUCACGUUGUUUUAGGCAAUAAUAAAUGUUAAUUUUGUUCUGGUAAAUUCGCGUUCGACAUACCGUAUUGUGAACACACCCGUGCGAUACAAAAGUUAGGAACAAACGUAAACGAUAUUGUUAUAAGAAAAUGGAUCCUAAUAGAACAAAAAAUGUCCACUAUUUUUUUUAUCAUGCAUGGCUUCCACCAUUUCCCAGUUUCUAGCGGAC